AUGGAGAGCGCCGAGCACCAGCAGCAGGCCGCCACCCGCUCCCGCUCCCCGUCCCUUCCGGCGGCGCCGCCCUCCCCGCCGCUGUCGCCCAACUCGGCGGCGGCGGCGGCGCUGGCGAACGCGCGCUGGACGCCGACCAAGGAGCAGGUGGGCGUGCUGGAGGGGCUGUACCGGCAGGGGCUGCGCACCCCCACCGCGGAGCAGAUCCAGCAGGUGACGGCGCGGCUGCAGAAGCACGGCCCCAUCGAGGGCAAGAACGUCUUCUACUGGUUCCAGAACCACAAGGCCCGCCAGCGCCAGCGCCAGAAGCAGCAGGCCUUCGACUACUUCUCCAAGCAGUUCCGCCGCCCCCAGCCGCUGCCCGUGCUCCACAGGCCCGCCGCCCACCCCUCCUUGCCCCCGAUCCCGCUGCAGGCUCCGCCGCCACACAUGUCGUCGGCGACGCCGCCGGAUCUUCCCGCUUCUCCUGCAUGCAACAGACAAGCGAUGCACAGGCAGCAGCCUAGCUACGUGACAGCGGCCGCGGCGGUGGCGGCGACACAGGCCGCGGCGAAUGCAUCCCACUACAUGCAGACGCAGACGCAGACGCCGAUGUUGUACCCGGGAGUGGAGGCGGUGGCGCAUGACAAGGUCCAGACGCAGGCACCGGCCACCAUGUACCACCAAGCACCAGCUCAGAACAACGCCGGCACUCAACAGCCGCGCGCGCUACAGCUCCCUCCGGCCGCCGGCACCCACGGGCCGCCCGCCGCCCGCUCCCGCCGCCCAGAGACCCUGAACCUGUUCCCGCUGCACCCCACCUUCGCGAUUCCGCAGAAGACGCGCCCGGCCGGAAUCGCUGGCUCCGCGACGCCGACGGCGACGGUGCCGUCCGCCUCGGGGUCGGGGUCGUUCUCUUGGGAGCCUGAGAGCCCCCGCGGCGACGCCUCGCUGCCGCUUUAUGACUUCUUCGGCGUAGGCCGCUGAAGAUGAUGCAUGAUUACUGAUGUGCUCAACCUGUCGCAUGCAUACCUAUGAACCGUAGACCAACAAUGUUCACUAAGCCGAACACCGACUCAAGGAGCAAGUAUGGCAGACAAACUAUUUUUAGUUUUCGUAGAUUCGGUUCAUCUUCUAGACGAGUGAUGCGCCGAGCUUUUACCCUUUUCGAAAAAACAAAUCUUCUGAAGUGUAGUGUGUCAUGGAGAACAGGACAAGUCCCGAAAGAUUUGUAAUCUAUCACCGAUGGUUGGCGCUGUUUUUGUUUUUCGUAUA